AUGGAACAGCAAGAAAAAUCUGAAGAGACACCGCUACCUCGAACACCACCCGAGGACAAACAUGAGAAGGAAUUUCACACCUUCGUUGCACCCCAGACCAACCUUCGAGUGGCCGAUAGCGCGGAGACUUUGAAUUUUGCUUGUAACCAGUCUCCUUUGCAACCCUCAAAAAAGCUCGAAUGGAGUAUGACAUCUCAGGUUAUCCAAAACGCGGAGCGCGAGCAGGCAGCAGGCUUCAAGAGACGGGAAUUGGGGGUGACAUGGAAAGAUCUCUCUGUUGAGGUUCUUGCUGCCGAGGCAGCUGUCAAAGAAAAUAUGAUCUCUCAAUUUAACAUUCCUCGGCUCAUCAAGGAUUUCCGCAACAAACCACCUCUCAAGUCGAUAUUGUCAAACAGCCACGGAUGUGUCAAACCUGGUGAAAUGUUGCUUGUCUUGGGAAGACCUGGUUCCGGAUGCACAACACUUCUUAAGAUGCUGUCUAACCGUCGCGAAGGUUAUAAUACAAUUACUGGGGAUGUACGCUUUGGUAGUAUGUCUUCGGAAGAAGCAUCCAAUUAUCAAGGUCAAAUUGUGAUGAAUACGGAAGAAGAACUUUUUUACCCUCGCUUGACGGUUGGUCAAACGAUGGACUUUGCAACAAAACUCAAAAUUCCAUUUCAUCUGCCAGAUGGAUCCAAGACUAUUGCGCAGUACAGAGAAGAGACCAAGCAAUUUCUGUUAGAGUCUAUGGGUAUUACGCAUACAGCUGAUACAAAAGUUGGCAAUGAGUUUGUCAGAGGUGUCAGUGGCGGAGAACGAAAGCGAGUAUCUAUUAUUGAGUGCCUCGCAACGAGGGCUUCUGUUUACGCCUGGGAUAAUUCAACACGUGGACUCGAUGCAUCGACUGCUUUGGAGUGGGCAAAGGCUCUCCGCGCCAUGACAGAUGUUCUUGGGCUUUCUACUAUUGUUACGCUUUACCAAGCGGGGAAUGGAAUCUAUAAUCUUUUCGACAAAGUGCUCGUGCUUGACGAGGGGAAGCAAAUAUACUAUGGCCCGGCAGCAGAAGCAAAACCUUUUAUGGAAAGCCUUGGAUUUGUGUAUGCCGACGGUGCAAAUAUUGGCGAUUUCCUCACAGGUGUCACAGUUCCCACGGAGCGAAAAAUCAGGCCUGGCUGGGAGAAUCGAUUCCCUCGAACUGCCGAUACUAUCUUGACCGAGUACCAAAAUUCAUCAAUUUACAAGAACGAGGUAUCUUUGUAUGACUAUCCUGACAGUGAAUUGGCUUUGAAUCGCACAAAUGAUUUCAAAGAGUCUGUGUCUUGGGAAAAGUCAAACCAUUUACCCAGGGGAAGUGGCCUCACCACUAGCUUUUGGGCUCAACUCAUUGCAUGUACUGUCAGACAGUACCAGAUUCUUUGGGGUGAGAAAAGCACUUUUUUGAUCAAGCAAAUCUUGUCGUGUAUCAUGGCACUGAUCGCUGGAUCUUGUUUUUAUAAUUCUCCCGAGACAUCUGCUGGUCUUUUUACCAAAGGUGGUGCUGUUUUCUUUGCACUGCUGUACAACUGCAUUGUUGCUAUGUCUGAGGUCACCGAAUCAUUUAAAGGGCGUCCGAUCUUGACAAAACACAAGUCGUUCGCCAUGUACCAUCCGGCUGCAUUUUGCCUGGCACAAAUUACAGCGGAUUUUCCUGUUUUGCUAUUUCAGUGUACUAUUUUCUCAGUUGUCAUCUACUGGAUGGUUGGGUUAAAACAUACUGCAGCUGCAUUUUUCACUUUCUGGGCAAUUCUUUUUACGACAACUCUGUGUAUUACUGCCUUGUUCAGAUUCAUUGGUGCCGCUUUCAGUACUUUUGAAGCAGCAUCUAAGAUCAGCGGAACGGCAGUCAAGGGAAUUGUCAUGUACGCCGGUUAUAUGAUUCCGAAGCCCAAAAUCAAGAAUUGGUUCCUUGAGUUGUACUACACCAAUCCUUUUGCUUAUGCCUUUCAAGCAGCGUUGUCAAAUGAGUUCCAUGGACAGCAUAUUGACUGUGUUGGAGAGAAUCUUAUCCCUAGUGGUCCCGGAUAUGAGGAUGUUGGAUCCGCCCAUAAAUCUUGCGCUGGCGUCGGUGGUUCUCUACCAGGUGCGGAUUACGUGACUGGCGACCAGUACCUUUCUUCUCUCCACUACAAACACUCUGAGAUGUGGCGAAACUUUGGUGUCCUUUGGGCCUGGUGGGGAUUUUUUGCGGUCAUGACAAUCAUUUGUACAUGCUUCUGGAAGGCCGGAGCUGGAUCAGGAUCUUCUUUACUAAUCCCGCGCGAGAAUCUCCGAAAACAUGGAGCCAGUAAUGACGAGGAAGCUCAGCAAAAAGCCAAUAACACACCUCGAACCAUUACUGAUGAACCUGUCCAAGUGGAUGAUGGUAAUCUUGUUCGCAAUACUUCCAUCUUCACUUGGAAAAACCUUACUUAUACGGUCAAAACACCUACUGGAGAUCGGGUUCUUUUGGACAAUAUCCAUGGAUGGGUCAAACCAGGCAUGCUCGGAGCUCUUAUGGGAUCUUCGGGUGCAGGAAAAACAACAUUGCUUGAUGUUCUCGCUCAACGCAAAACUGAAGGCACCAUCAAGGGAUCCAUCCUUGUUGAUGGUCGACCUCUUCCACUAUCUUUUCAGAGAAUGGCAGGAUACUGUGAGCAACUUGAUGUUCAUGAGUCUUAUGCCACAGUGAGAGAAGCCUUAGAGUUCUCUGCUCUCCUUCGACAGUCUCGGGAGAUCCCGAAGAAAGAGAAGCUUGCGUACGUCGACACUAUUAUUGACCUCCUAGAACUCCAUGAUCUAGCCGACACCUUGAUCGGCUCCGUUGGAAACGGUCUCUCCGUCGAGCAACGUAAACGUGUCACGAUCGGAGUUGAACUUGUCUCAAAGCCUAGUAUUCUUAUAUUCCUGGACGAGCCAACCUCGGGCCUAGAUGGUCAAUCCGCAUACAACACGGUCCGUUUCUUGCGAAAGCUAGCAGAUGUUGGUCAAGCGGUACUUGUCACAAUCCACCAACCAUCCGCUCAGCUAUUUGCUCAAUUUGACACACUCCUUCUCCUUGCGAGGGGCGGAAAAACAGUCUACUUUGGUGAUAUUGGUGAUAAUGGAGCGACUAUCAAACACUACUUUGACAAAUAUGGCGUUCAAUGUCCACAAGAUGCUAAUCCGGCCGAAUUCAUGAUUGACGUUGUGACUGGUGGCAUCGAAACAGCCAGAGAUAAAGACUGGCAUCAAAUUUGGCUAGAAUCUCCUGAGCAUAAUGAGAUGAUCACUGAGUUGGACAGGAUGAUUGACGAUGCAGCUAGCAAGCCGCCUGGUACAGUCAACGAUGGCUUUGAGUUUUCAAUGCCUCUUUGGGAACAAAUCAAAAUUGUCACUCAUCGCAUGAACAUUUCGCUCUUCCGCAAUACCGCCUACGUUAACAACAAGUUUUCCCUUCAUAUAAUUUCGGCAUUACUAAACGGCUUCUCCUUUUGGAGACCUGGUCCAAGUGUAACAGCCUUGCAACUUCGACUAUUCACCAUCUUCAACUUUGUCUUUGUUGCCCCGGGUGUGAUCAACCAGCUUCAACCUCUGUUCAUUCAACGUCGUGAUAUCUAUGAUGCCCGUGAAAAGAAAUCCAAGAUGUAUUCUUGGGUUGCUUUUGUUACUGGGUUGAUUGUUUCAGAGUUUCCAUAUCUCUGUAUCUGCGCUGUUCUCUACUUUGUCUGCUGGUAUUGGCCGGUGUGGACGUUGCCGCAUGAUUCCAAUCGCUCUGGUGCUAUUUUCUUCAUUAUGUUGAUCUACGAAUUUAUUUACACCGGUAUUGGGCAAUUUGUUGCCGCCUACGCACCAAAUCCGACCUUUGCGGCUCUUGUCAACCCUCUCAUUAUCAGUGUUUUGGUUCUUUUCUGUGGUGUCUUUGUUCCUUACGACCAGCUCAACGUAUUCUGGAAAUACUGGAUGUACUGGCUCAACCCAUUCAAUUAUGUUGUCUCUGGCAUGUUGACAUUUGGAAUUUGGGGCCAGAAGGUCACAUGCAACGAAGACGAGUUUGCCUUCUUUGACCCACUCAAUGGCACCUGUGGGGAUUAUCUGGCUGAUUAUAUGAAUGGAAAGGGAUGGAGGGUCAAUUUGAUAAAUCCGGACGCCACUUCAGCCUGCAAAGUAUGCGAAUACACAACCGGAAGCGACUAUUUGACCACUCUGAACAUCAAUCACUACUAUUAUGGAUGGAGAGAUGCUGGCAUAACCGUGAUAUAUGCUAUUGCGGGAUAUGCUCUUGUCUUUGGUCUCAUGAAAUUGAGAACAAAGGCUUCAAAAAGAGCGGAAUAG